GUUAGGCUGAGGUAGACGCGCCUCUUGAGAGACUGAAUAUUUGAAAGAAAUUGGUUCGAGCGUGAGGAGAUUCACCCAUCAGUAACCGCGCGGUAUAUAUUUCAAGAUGACGGAUAUUAUAAGCGGAGUUUUGAAGCUGGCGUUUGGAUUCUUAGCGAACAAGGCUCGCAGUAAGAUUUCAGAACGUUUAAACGAUGGCGACGUCACGCACGAAGAAUGUCGACGCUUGAUCGUGAGAGAACUCCAUGAUAUUAAGACGAAGUUGGAUGGAUUGGCGAGAAAGGAUUUACAGAGCAGCCUUCUUUUUCUUCAGGAUGGAGUCAACGGGAUGUAUCAAGCUAUCAUUCAGUUUCAAUCAUCCGAGAAUAAUACAUCAGAAUCUACGGAAGUUGAACCAGCAAACUCCUUAGUUCAAGCCAAGUCACCCAGAGACACUGAUUCUAAUUUUAGUCCUAUGAAAGAUGCCAUUGCUUUGAUAAAUGCCAUCAAGUCAUUGAAAAUACAUUCAAACACUCGGUUUAUAUCUGCCUGUGAAAAGUUCAAACUCGCCCAUGAAGAUGCCACCAGAGCAUUCGCCAACGAAGCCUUGUCAAUCGAGGACCGAAUUCAAGCAUCGCAGGUUCGAAUGAUGGCGAGGAUUUUAGGAGAUUUGGAAGACCCUGAUGCAAGCGUCAGCGAUUGUUUGCAAUACCUGAAACAGCUUCAUGAUAUCGGUGCCAUUCAAGGAACAUUUUCUGUUCUGAUCAAAGGUGGAAUUGCGUCGUGGCGAAAUAAAGCGAAGCGACUUCAAAUUACUUCGUCUGUUUUUCUAACGAAUCAGCUAUUGUUUGAUUUUGCUCGGACGUUCAUGAAUUCACCUCCAGCGAUAUUUGACUGGCCAGCGAUUAUGUUUGGCAAAGAAGUCUACCAUCCAGUGCUCGGAGAAACACGUCAUGUUCGCCAAUUGAUGGAAUCUGGUGUAAGAAUUAUGUCAUUGGAUCCAGAUAUCACAUUUGGUGAGAAGAUUCUUCCAUGUUUGUCUCUCGUGAACAGAAAAAGAGAGAUUAUUGCAGUAUGUCAAUCAAACCCGGGAACUAUUAGAACUUUUAAAUCCUCAGGAGAAAGCCGUACAGUUUGUGAAGUUCCCUAUUUGCAAGACAAGGAUGCGUUAGGAUUGCGAAUUAUGGCGAUGGAUAUCGACGCCAAAGAUAGCCUUUACCUUAUCGUCGGUUUUACAAAAAAAUCGAAUGAAAAAUGGAGUUAUAAAUUGUUUGUCUAUGACAAAAAUGGAACUAAAAUAGUCGAGGAUCCUUUACCUUUCGUUCCAAAGAAAUCGUUUUUUUCCCCAGAAAAUUCGGCGUUUUUAUAUAUGUCAAUAAACCCGAGCGGGAAGGUUGCUAUCUACGAUAGUGAGAGCAGUAUCGUAUACAUUUAUCUAGCAGAAUUUUCAGGUUCUCAGAAACUGGAGAGCACAUCGACAGUCUACGUAUCAAUCAAAGCGGAGAGUUCGAGCUUGUUUCUUGUUCAAAUGGUGCAGUUGCUUUAG